GUAUAUGCGCUCAUUGCUGAGAGGGCGCGGUAGGGUUCUCGAGGGAUGGCGCUGCGCCUGGCUAGGCGCUGGGGAGAUUUCUCGAGGUACACACAGUCUCUAGGGCGCUCCUUUGCAACUACAGUGUCUUCUGAAGACCCAGGGCUCGAAGUAGUCAACGAAGGCCCCGCCGUGAUCAACUCGGGAGAUGUGGGCAAGACCUGUGGGAUUCCCAAGGAGCAUAUGCAUCGCAAGGUUGUAAUCUAUUCUCCCGCUCGUAGCGCAUCGCAGCAGGGAAGGACUACCAUGGGAAAAUGGAAGUUCAAUUUUGAAUCGACCGAGAAGUAUCAGGAUCCACUCAUGGGCUGGACGUCUACCUCGGACCCUCUAGCAUACGUUGGAGACGCGGCACUUUCGUUCGAUUCUAAAGAGUCUGCCAUCGAAUUUGCGGCAAAGCACGGGUGGGAGUAUACGGUGCGAGAGCCCCAUCAGCAAACUCUCAAACCCAAAGCUUACGCUGAUAACUUCAAAUGGAAAGGUGCGCCAGUCAUGGCCGACGAGUAAAAACACGAAUUCUUCCAUUCAAAUAACCCGAGUUCUUUCCCGCCACGUCAUUCUCCGACGUGGCAGAAACAACUGUA